CCGGCCCGCCCUCCCUCUGCUGCUGCUCGCUCCACCCUCUCCCCUCCUUCGCCGCCUCUGCAGGUCCCUCUUAAGAGCGCCUGCGCUGCCGGCCACCCUCCGGCAGGUCGGAGCUGCUUGGGCCGCCUGCGGUUCGCCAUGGCCAUGGCUUCCCCGGCCAUCGGGCAGUACCCGUACCCGCUGCUACUGGAUAAGGAGCAGCAGCUAUUCCUGCAGAGCCUCAGCGCUAACGAGAGGAAGAAGAUCCUCAAGCGCUCCGCUUCUAAUGACAUGAAGCAGCAGCCGCCGAGGCUGAGGCAGUCGCAGCCGCCCCACACCGAGGGGGUCGUGUCCCAGCGCAGCGCGGAGGAGGAGGACUGCGACGGCGACGAGCCCCUCAACGGGAAGGCUAAGCCUGCAGCCGGAGCUCUGCGCUUUGCUGCCUGCGGGAGGCACCUCGGGAGCGCAGCGGGAGCGGAGCGCGCAGUGCCCCCCGGCGGGCCAGCGGCCGCGGACACAGCCCAGACGCAGCCAGGCGCCUGCGAGCUGCUCCUUGGAGCCCCGAUCUUACCGGGGGACGACGAGGCGGCGGCGGCGAUCGUGGCUAACUUCGCCCCCCGGCAAAAUCCCACGUCUCCCGGCGCUGCCGUCCAACCCCUCCGCUCGGGGCUCCAGCAUCACCCCCACCACCAUCACCGCCUGAGACUGAGGUCCGGGGCGCCUCGCCUCCUGCCCGACGUGCGCACCAUCUUCGAGCAGCCGCGGGACCCCCGUGUGCGGGAGGAGAAGGGCGAAGGGCACCGCUUCGAAGCCUUCGCCCUCUGGAAGGGCUGGUGCGACCUGUGCGGGGAGGCCGUGCAACAGCGGGCGCUGCGCUGCGCUAGUGUCCCACCCUUCGUAGUGUGUAAAGACAUCACUUCUAGUCCAGCGUGUUCUGAUUCGCGCACAGCCGAUCCUCCCCAUAUCCUCUCUGUCCUGACGUGUUUCUGCCUCUUUAAGGGCAAAGCUACUUUCCCAUCUGUUCUCCCCCCCUCUGUUGCAGAUUGCAAGUACACGUGUCACCAGGAAUGCAGAAACCUCAUCCAGCUGGAUUGCAGCCAACAGGAAGGACAAACUUGCAACAAAACUUCACCAGAAAAUACCCUAACACAAAACUACAGUCAGAAUGUAACAAAAACAGUGGAAGAAGAAAAACCGAAAGCUCCUACCAUUCAAGAGCUAAAGGAGAAGAUCGACAAUUACAACUCAAAAGUCAACAACUGCUUGUUGAUGAAGCUGAAUGAUGAUGGCACUUACACAGGCUUCAUCAAAGUGCACCUGAAACUGCGCCGGCCUGUGACAGUGCCAGCAGGGAUCAGGCCACAGUCCAUUUAUGAUGCCCUCAAGGAGGUCAACUUGGCCAACAUGACAGAGAAGAGAACAUCCUUUUACCUGCCACUGGACGCCAUCAAACAGUUGCACAUCAGCAGCACCACCACCGUGAAUGAGGUGAUCCAGGGGCUUCUGAAGAAAUUCAUGGUGGUGGACAACCCACAGAAAUUUGCACUUUUCAAGCAGAUGCAGAAAGAUGGCCAAGUUCUCUCUCAGAAGCUCUCAGUAACAGAGUUCCCUUUGUACCUCCGGCUACUAGCAGGUCCCGACACAGACAUUCUCAGUUUUGUGUUGAAGGAAAAUGAAACAGGGGAAGUUGAGUGGGAUGACUUCUCUAUUCCAGAGCUACAGAAUUUCCUGGUGAUACUAGAAAGGGAAGAAAAAGACAAAAUCCAGCAAGUGCAGAAAAAGUAUGACAGGUUUAAACAAAGACUGCAGGAGGCCUUGAAAGAAGCAAAUGGGAAGCCUGGAUAACCAAAUCUUGGAAGUGUGGCUAAUUAAAUUUCAAAAAAAAUAUUAUUGUUUAAACAUGAAAAGAAACCCCACUUAACCAAGACUUCUUUUUCUCAGGACACUUUUUGAUUGGUUGCAGUCCAUGGUGUGUGUUCAGAACAGGCAAAUAUAAAAUGGAAAACUAAAUAGUAUUUGCUGACCCUCCAGAAACCAAAAAGGAAUGCUGCUUCUCCUCCCUUCCAUGAUUGUACAGAACAGCCAGGAAACUUUGCAACGAAUGCAGAAUGUCGAAGGAAUUGGGAUGCUUAUGGUAUAAACAUCCCCCUUCCAACUGUAUUUCAGUGGGAAUUUGACUCAACAAACUAGAUUUGAAAUAUUUCCCCUUGGGGCUAGCUGAAUUAUGAGCUAGUAGUACACACAACCAGAGGAAGGUAUCUUGGCUUCAGCUGGGCUACCUUCCUUCAUUUUCCAUCCCAAUACCUCAACUUUUGGAUUUAUGUAUACAUGGCAGAAGUGUGUUGACUAUGUUCUCUGCGGUAAUUUAAUCACAUGGGCUGUCACAAGUCCUGCAUCAGCAAAUGGGUGGAUGAUUGCUCUGGUACAUGUGGACACUAUAGAGGAUGUGGAACUGACUGUUGCACGAUAUGAAGCGAAUGAAUGAAGCUGAUGCCAAGAAGACUGUAGAAGUACAGCAGCUCUUGAUAAGCUUUAGAGUUCUUUGGCCUUUGAGCAAGAGAGUUUACAUUUUCACACCAGGAAAUAAGGUCCAUUUUAUUUUUUGUUUUGGCUAGGGUUAUUUUCUUUGUUAUUUCCAGCCUAGUAUUUUUAAGUAUAGACCUCCUUCUGGAACACAGUUCUCCUCUUACCCAACAGGAACUGGGACCAGUGUGCAGGAUCUGACAGUGAACCAAUGUUGGUGUUCAUCUCUUAGUACUAAAUAUAAGAAUGGAUUCUCCUGCAUCUCCCGUCACUCCAUUCAGCUAUAAAGUAAUUGUGUCAUUUACAUUGGGAAACUAUUUUGUAAUGCCAGAGGGCCCAGAUCUACCAUUUUCAGAGCCUGGCUGGCCUCUACAAUGUUCUUCGGAGCAAAGCUUUCUUUAGGCAGGCAAAGGAAAAAAGAUUGGUUCCUUUUGCUGGAAGAACAGGGUUGUGUGCAGGGGCUCUACCCUGCAGCUUAAAGGGCCCAGAACUGGAAAAGACCCCAAAAGUCAUCUUUAGAAAAUCCACCACCAUGGCAUUGCUAAUAGAUGAUCUUUAAAACGUCUAUAGAAGAUGUAUUAGCACAGCACAAGGAAAUCAAGAAGCAUAUAUGAUAAGCACAUGCAAUUCCUGAACCCAGAGAUGAAAGCACUCAAAAUCUUCCUAAGCACUGUUGAAAUUGUUGACCUAGCACACAAAGGAGGGAUUUCAGCACUUCCCCACCCCCACUCAUCAGUGACAGCAUCGAGAGAGAGAACAGAGAAUAGUCUUUGUGAGUCAUUGAUAACUUCUCCCUAAGAUUGUUGAGUGUGUGUAUGUGUGUGUGUGUGUGUGUAUAUAUAUAUAUAUAUAUAUAUAUAUAUAUAAUAUUAAUUUUAUGUUUUAUUUUUUAAAAAAACAGCUUUUCAAUGAUGGGCACUCUUCCUUUCCCUGCUCUCCCCUGGCAUGUCUUGAACAUUUUUAGAGAAGGCAUAGCUUCUUAUGCAAUUUAUGUGAAUGCUGCUGACUAAGCCACCUGCACAACAGGAGAGUGUUUUUCAUUUUGUUUCUUUCAAAGAUUAUAUAUAGCUAAGGGGCAUUAAUAGAAGAGGGAAAAAUCAUGGAGCUCAGAUUGUGAGAAAAAGCUGAGUCAUUUGAUCUGUGGCAGAGUGGAAGCCUUAGACGUGAGUUAAAAGAGGCCCCACCUUAAGGAAUGCAGACUACUGCUGGCAGUGCCUUUGUUAGUCGAUUAUGUUGCCUGCAUCAUCUGUAUGUGUAUAAUUUUUUCUUUUGAAAUUGGUCAACUGUAUAAAACAUGUACAAUCUGUAUAGAAUGGAAUUAGUGAAAACUUACGUGGUAAAGUAUUACAUUUUUGCCAUGCUGUAAUUUAUUUUUACUACUGUCUCAACCCUAUGACAUUUGUUGAAAAUGUCACUUUUGAGCUUUUUUAAAAAGCUCCAACAAAUUGUUCAUGCGAUACAAAACUGUAAGAAGCUAUCAAAAAUAAACAGACUCUGAUAAACUUG